UACACCAUCUUGAGGCAUACUAUUUCAUCAGCAAAACAACUUGCUCAUCCAUUUAUUAUCACUACAAGAGCCUCUUACAUUCUUACAUCUAAAGAAAUCAAAACUUUUAAGUAAUCUCAUAUUUUUUAAAUUAAAUAUAAUGGCUGCUUCAGCAUCAUCUGCAGUGUACCACUCUAUCCUGUCUAACAAUGUCAACCGUGUUCAAAUCCAAACACGGAGAAACGCUAGCUUCAAAGUUUGCUGCAUGGCCGAGGAUAAUAAGCAAGCUCCAAUUUCAACUCCCACUUCUCCACCACCACGUGCUGCACCUAAGAUGAGCACAAAAUUUACAGAUUUACUAGCAUUCAGUGGGCCGGCACCUGAGAGAAUCAAUGGUAGACUUGCCAUGAUUGGGUUUGUUACUGCUAUGGGAGUAGAACUUGCUAAAGGUACUGAUGUUGCAGCACAGUUGGGUGAUGGAGGACUACCAUGGUUUCUAUAUACAUGUGUUUUGCUAUCCGUGGCUUCAAUUGUCCCAUUGGCUCAAGGUGUGAGUGUUGAAUCGAAAUCAGACGGUAUCAUGUCCUCCACUGCUGAGAUGUGGAACGGUAGAGCAGCAAUGCUGGGUUUGGUUGCAUUGGUGCUCACUGAAGUUGCCAAGGGAGGAGCUCUCAUAUAAAUUACAUGAUUUUGAUCUAUUUCAAGUACUCAUUCUUGGCGUUUUGGAAGGUUAAAAUUUUACUAGGCCCCUUGUAAAUGUUUUUGAUCAUCACAUAUAUGAAAAGUUGUGCUCGCCUUUAUUAGUAUAUGUUUUAGCCAAUUACAAAAUCAUUAUAAUAUAUCUCUCCCCAUCACCAUGGACGAUUUUUCAA